CGUUGCGGCUGUCAGUAUCAAACGAUCGCUGGCCGGCGCUGUACGCUGUCUGGCGAGUGUGCGGGCGAUGCUGUCGUACCCGUGACCGUGUUGUUGAAUAAAUCAUCAACGAACGCUUUUGACAGUUCUGUUGUUGUUGGUUGAGCGACGACUGAUGUUCUUCAUCGACUGUUGCUGGUGACGCGGUUGCUAUAGUUUAUGUGGAUUAAUGUGAAGAACUGCUAUAACAAGUGUGUGUGUUGAGUGUGGAAAUUUAAGUAACAUCUACAAAAAUUUCUCAUCCAAAUUCGUAACUCUCGUGCUAAAGUUCAGACAUCAGCUGUUGGUGAAUUAACCGUCGCGGUAGUUAGUGUGUCAUGCAUAUUUAACACACUCGCUCUAUCCUUCUGGUCGGUCUGGUUGCGUCCCUUCCAGUCGCAUUCGCAACAAGAAGCAGUAAAUUCCACCCGGGAAUGCGAGCCCCUGCUCCCAGCGGGUUCGCGCUAGCUAAUGGAAGUUUGAUCAGUGCAAAAGUGAGUUAUCGUUAUCGACUUAUCGGUUAGCCGUUCCCAAAGGGCACUUACCCGGGGAACGCUCGCCCUGCGGUUCACCGAAAACGGUGUCUGGUGCGUGAUGUGUGUAGCCAUGGCAACGACCGUCUGAAGGUGUAUAUACAGACGUAGACGCACAGCUUCUCACCACCCCAAAAGAGCAUCAUCUAGCGGCGCGUGGAUUAAACGGCUCAGGUUUCAUUCGUGGAAAGCGCGGGAAUAACCAAUAACCAGACUUGCGGCCACUGUCCGGGGCACGCACGCUUGCUUCCUGCACGCACGGACACGGCUCUCGGGGAAUCAACACCGGAAAGGACCUCAAGGACGACCACAUCCGCUAGUGUCUGUGUACGCGUGUGUUUUUCUCUGUGUGUGUGUGUGUGUAGAAGUAUGUGGAAUGUAGCUAGCAAUUUGUGCGUGCGUGCGAAAACCCGUAUCUCGGGCCCGUCGUAAAAAGUUAUCGCAAAGCGAAAGGGUGAUUUUAUUAGAAUACUGACAACAUCUGACGGACUGCGUGCGGUGUGGCCUAAGUAAAUAAAACGGCCUAUUUGCACUUUCUUUCUCGUGGGUGAAAGUGAUGUGGACUCGCAUCGGUUGGUACGUGCGCCGGAAGGCUUACACUGGCACCGGGUCCUUAAUUCUGCGCUAAACUGCCGCGUCAGGAUGUGUCCGUGAGGUGCUUCGCACGUUCGCCGCCAUACUGCCUGCGCGCUUCCUUAACGUCGUACCGAUUCUAAUCUGCCCUGUAGCACGCCCACUGCAGUUCAAUGGGCGAAUGAUUAUUACGAUUAUUGCUAAACAAACACACGCACGCACACUCAUCUAGACAACAACAGAGUGAACUGAGCAAGCCUUGCGGCGCCCUUCCGAAGAAAUAGGAAUGUGCGAAUUUGACAACCCGUGUCGCACGUCACAGGAUGUGCGAAUAUGAUGGCCAAUAAAGGCGAAGGACAACAGCAGUGCGCUCGCUGGCUGCCAAAAGGGUUAACGACGGAACGCAAGUGCUUAUGCGUAUCGAAUCGUAGAUAUCGGCCAGAUUGAGCCCCAGGGAGUGUGGAGAGCGUGGGGCGAUCCGUGCUGGUAGAGACAUAUCUCGAAACCCCUUCGAACCAGCCGCCCGAAAUGACGGUCGUCGUUCGCUUGACUCAUAAAACGAUUUUCCACAGCAGCGGCCGUAGUGAGCGCCCAUCGGCUCUUUUUUGGCCCAUCGGCCCAAACGAAAUCGAAAAUCGGAGCAACAGCACGCGAGAACAAGUGUAAAGUGUGAAGUGUGAGGGCGAGCUAAGAAGGCCGCAGUGGGGUGAAAGUGGAUUUUUACAAAAUUUAUGAAACGGCCAACCCCAAACGGUGUUUGGGCGCAAAGGGCGGUUUUGCAAAUCGUAGCGCUUCUCCAUCUGGUUCCGUUAUAGUUAAGUUUUUUGUUGUUUUUGCGUGGUUUGGAAACAUUUCCCGCCCCGGCCCCCAGUGUGAAUGACCCAGCAACGAAGGACGUGCAGCUAGGCACAAGUCAUCGAAGUUCCGGGUUGCAACUUCUCUCUAUCGAACCAUCUCAAGUGUGUGUGUGUGUUUCUGUGCGUGUUGUCGUCCCGUUCGUUCGUUCGGUGUACGUGAUCGGUAUAAAAGCGGCAGAAAUUAUGUACGUCGGUUCGGGUCGACCUUCUACCGGUGGGGCGGCGACGCCCUGGCCCACCCGACCGGCUGCUACCCGCCGAACCGGCGCUCGACAGCGAACAGUUCCGGCCGGUGGAUUAUUGCUGUGGCUGGGACUGCUGACGAUGUUUGUCAAGGGAAAUCCCGAAACGCGUGGUAACGAGCAGGAACUGAAGCCGAGCUUCGCAAGCCCAAUCGAGAACGUGACAGUUCCUAUAGGUAGAGAGGCGACGCUCAGUUGCAUUGUACAAAAUUUAGGUGCCUACAAGGUCGGCUGGAUGCGAGCCUCCGACCAGACAGUCCUGGCGCUCCAGGGACGGGUUGUGACGCACAACUCACGCUACAGCGUGACGCAGGAGGAGCGUGAUGUCUGGCGGCUGAAGAUACGCAACGUGCGCGAAUCCGACCGCGGUUGCUACAUGUGUCAAAUAAACGUCACUCCGCUGCAGAAGCAAGUAGGCUGUGUCGAUGUACAGCUACCGCCGGAUAUAUCGGACGAACAAUCUUCCUCGGAUCUGACAGUACGCGAAGGUGGCAAUGCGACGUUCUACUGCCGCGCCACCGGACAUCCGGCACCGAAAGUCACCUGGCGGCGGGACGAUGGCAAUCCGCUCUAUCUUCUCCGGAACGGAACCGACACACGCAAGGUCGAUCAGCAUGUUGGCAUCUUCCUAAACCUGACCCACGUCAGCCGGAAGCAGAUGGGUGCAUAUCUGUGUAUCGCCUCGAACGAAGUUCCGCCCGCCGUUAGCAAGCGUGUCUAUCUCAACGUGCAUUUUCCACCAAAUGUGACUACACCAAAGACGCUGCUGGGCGCGUACGAAGAAUCGGACGUGGAGCUGGAGUGCGAGGUAGAGUCAUUUCCCCGCUCGGUCAACUACUGGACGAAGGUGGCGAAGGGCGGCCGCGCCACGGGCAGCAGCCUCGGGUCUACGUCCAGCGCGGAAAGCUACAACCACCACCACCAGGAGGUGAUGCUGAACGGCGAUCGGUACGAGAUCCGGGAGCAGCAUUUCGGCAGCCUGUACGCGGCCAAGAUGACGCUCCGGAUUCGUAGCUUCUCGGUGGCGGACGCCGGCAGCUACAUGUGCAUAUCAUCGAACGCUUUCGGCAAGGCAAACCGAACGAUUCGGCUGUACGAGAUUAAAAGACCUACGACGACCACCACCACGACAACGACGACCACUACGACUACGACGACAACGACUACGACCACCACCACCCCUGCACCGCCACCACCACCGACGCCCCCGCGCCGAAGAACUACACUAAUGGGUCCGAGGCCACCUUACGACACGACGCCCUACCCGCCGACCGGACUCAUCAUCGAGUACAUCACCUACUCGCCGGCCUUCGUCGAGUACGGGGCGAACGGUGAGACCUACAUCAACUAUCCGCAGCUGACGGCCUACUCCAAAUCGUCCUCCUCGUCCGCAUCGUCCUCCUCCUCCUCCUCCUCCUCGUCGGCCAACUCGCACGGAUCAUCAGCGGCGUCGUCGGCGGCCUCGCCACCCUCCACCGUGGCGCUGCUCGGUGGCCGCUGGACGGCCGGUACGCUCGGCGGUACGCUCCGGCCCCUGGCCCUGGGGCUGGAGGAUAGAUUUAUGAGCAUUUUGAUCGUGACAGCCCUGUCCUGUGUGUCCUUUUUUCGCUACUUUCAAAUCUAUCUUCCCUGGAUUACACUUUUUCUGCUGCUCCUGCUGAUCGGCCGCAAGCCGAAGGAGAAAAUCUCGCCCGAUCUCGUCUUCCGCCAUGCGCCGCCGUGCGCCCUGUGAGACGACCGGCACGGGUGCCAUCUGUCACCGCCGGAUACAGUGUCCCUGCCAGACAGCAACGGCAGCAACCUGACGACAGCGAUGCUGCCGGUGCUGCUGCCGCCCGUCGACCGUUGCGAAAGAGGUAACGAAGGUAAUGUUGUUUUCUAAUUUGCUAGGAUUAAUCAGAAAACAACGACCUUCCCUCGUGGCACCCUUUUUUCCUUCCCUCAGCUCCCGUACCCGUAAAGUGGCGCUCGAUGUGACUGGCGCCUGUUCCCCAAAAAAAGGGUCCCAGCACAAGUAUAGAAUAGAUCAAAUAAGCAGAACGGUGUACCCCGAACGAGUGAAGGAUGCGUGUAGCAAAUGAAGCAAAAUACAAAUUGGGGCACGGGAUCGAAAGAGGACCCCCAUAAAUGGGCCCCAGGGAGACCCGGUGAUGGGAGUAAGGGAAAGAAAGUGAGCACCGAGUCUCCCACUAAAGCAAAACGGAGACUCCUUCCUGCCCCAGUGCCAAGGGGGGGAGCAUGUUACGAUGUACAUAUUAAGCAAAUACUUCCAGUAAUAAAUUGCAAUAGCCAGCAGAGGAACCGUAUCACACACACCCCCCUAGUUGACAGAUGUGUUGUCAGGCAGUGCCGAAACGCCCGUUAGGCAAGGUUAGGAAAAGUAAUGAAACAA